GGUGGGGCUAUGGCCAAGAGUGACAGCUGGGGAACAGCCUGCCUCCUUCUCAGUCCCUUUUUUGGCAGGGAGAGGAGGAAGAGAGCAAGGAAGUGAGAGAGUUCAAUGGUGGGGUGAAAGGGUCAGAUAGGGAGAUCAUUCAGGGCAGAGCAGUCCAUGUGGGGACAUGUUCCAGGCUGAGAUGCCCAUGCAGGGAGUGGGCCCAGAAUUGGGAGAAGGGCCUGGUCUUGUCCAGGCUGAGCACAGGGGGGAAUUAUUGGGAGGAGGCAUGCAGAAGGAACUGGGGGGACAGGAGGGGGAUUUGGGGGCACAACAAGGUUUCAGGCAGUUCACCUACCAGGAGGCCUUGGGGCCCCGAGAGGCCUGCAGCCGCCUCCACUCUCUCUGCCGCCUGUGGCUGAAGCCCCAGCGACACUCCAAGGCGGAGAUGCUGGACCUGGUCAUCCUGGAGCAGUUCCUGGCCGUCCUUCCUGCCGAGAUGGAGCGCUGGGUCAGGGAAUGUGGGGCAGAGACCAGCUCCCAGGCCGUGGCCUUGGCUGAAGGAUUCCUCCUGAGUCGCGCCCAAGAGGCGAAAGAGAGGGAGACACAGAACAUCUUUGCGAAAGAGACCGUAGAGGUGAAGAAGGAGUGGGCCGUCCAAGAUGGCGACAGAGCAUCCACCUCAGUGGGAGGUGCAACAUGUGCACGGCCAAAAGCAUCUCUUCACAUGGAUGGACCUCAAACAGUUCCUAUGAAGCUGAACCAGGUGGCAUUUGAAGAGGUGGCUGUGGAUUUCACGGAGGAGGAGUGGGUCUUGCUGGCUCCAGGCCAAAGGGCCCUCCAUGGAGAAGUGAUGGAUGGGAAUUUGAGGAUGGUGGUCUGUCUGGGUUGGGAUGAGCAAGUGAUUGAGAACAACAGGGAACCUAGCAGGGCAUUCCUGCAAAGGAAGAAGCAGAAGCAGAUGACAAGGAACGAAAGAAAAUCAGACACCGACGGCAAGAGAAGGAACACGUAUCCUGCUUCCCAGAAGGGUGACAACUCAGUCGAAGAAAUAAAAGAGGAAGGGAAAGAAAGAAGUAAAUAUUUUUCUCCCCUGUGUGAGAAAAGCUUUAGAUGCAAAGCAAGAUUUAUUGUUCACAGGCGAAUUCACCCAGAGGAGAAAUCCUUCAAAGCCAGUUUAAGGAAGUCUCUGGUUUCCCAAAUGAGAGAGAAAGCCUUUAACUACCUGAGGUGUGUCAAGAGCUUCAGGUGGAGGUCACAUCAAGGGGAGAAACCCUUUAAAUGCCUGGAAUGUGGAAAGAGCUUCACCGGAAAGAAACAAUUCACUCGUCACGUGGCCACGCACACAGGAGAGAAACCAUUUAAAUGCUGGGAAUGUGGGAAAACAUUUGGUCAGAAAACAAACCUUAGUCGCCAUCUCGCCAUUCACACUGGAGAGAAGCCCUUUCAAUGCGUGGUGUGCGGGAAGAGCUUCUCGCAAAAGCCACACCUCGAUCGUCAUUGCAGAACGCACACGGGAGAGAAACCCUUCCAGUGCCCGGAGUGCGGGAAAAGUUUCAUUCGCAAAUCCCGCCUCGAUUCUCAUCAGGCGACUCACACUGGGGAGAAACCGUUUCAGUGCUCGGAGUGUGGGAAGGGCUUCUCUCAAAAGGCGCACCUCACGCGCCAUUACAGAACUCACACGGGAGAGAAACCUUUUCAGUGCUUGGAGUGCGGAAACAGCUUCGGCGAAAAAUCGGCCCUUCUGUCGCAUCAGAGAAUUCACACAGGGGAGAAACCCUUUGGAUGCUCGGAGUGCGGGAAAAGGUUCAGGCAUAAAAUAAGCCUCACAACUCAUCAUUUAACUCACACAGGAGAGAAAUCAUUUAACUGCUUAGAGUGUGGGAUAAGAUUCACGCAUGAAAUAAGCCUCGCUUGCCAUCAAGCAACUCAUACAGGUGAAACACCAUUUCAGUAUUUGGAAAGUGCGGAAACACUCAUUGUGGAGGGAAGCCUCAGUGACUCAGGGGAGAAACCAUUUCGAUGUGCGGAUUGUGGGAAAAGCUUCAACCAGAAGUCAAUCCUCACGUCACAUGAAAGAAUCCAUACCGGGGAGAAGCCAUUUAAAUGCUUGCUGUGUGGGAAAAGCUUCCGGCAGAGAUCCAUCCUCUUGUCACAUAAAAGAACUCACACAGGGGAGAAACCUUUCAAAUGUGCGACGUGCGGGAAGUGUUUCAGUCAAAAAGUAAGCCUCAAUUGUCACCAAAGGACUCACACCGGGGAGAAACCCUUCCAGUGCUUGGAGUGUGGGAAAAGCUUCCUGCAGAAGAUACACCUCAUUCGCCAUAAUGCAACCCACACAGGGGAGAAACCCUUUGAGUGCUUGGAGUGUGGAAACAGGUUCAGCUCGAAGUCGGCCCUGGUGUCACAUAAAAGUAUACAUACGGGGGAGAAACCUUAUAAGUGUGCGGAGUGUGGGAAGAGUUACCCUUACAAAGGAAGCCUGAUUCGCCACCAAGCAACCCACUCAGGAAAUAAACCAUCUCAGCGCUUGGAGUGUGGAAACAACUUCAGUGAAAAAUCAACAUUUCUGACACAUCAAAGAAUUCACACAGGGGAGAACUCUUUCGUACAAUCAUAGAACUGGAAGGGACUCAUGGGCCAUUCAGUCCAACCCCAUUCUACCAAGAAGCAGGAAAAUUGCAUUCAAAGCACCCCCGACAGAUGGCCAUCCAGCCUCUGUUUAAAAGUCUCCAAAGAAGGAGCCUCCACCACAGAGAGUUCCACUGACAAACAGCUCUCACAAUGAAUGUUCAGAUGGAAUCUCCUUUCCUGUCGUUUGAAGGCCAUUAUUUAUUUAUUU